GCUUGUGAUGGAGCUCACCUUUCUAAUCCACGCUCAGGUGACCGAGCGAGCGCAGUGGCGUCAGAGAUCUCUGGAUCUUUAAAGUGUGAUCUGACAGAAUAAAUAGAACCGACGCCGCGAACUGCACUGGGUCACGAUUAUGAAAUAUGAAAACGAAAAGAGACGGGAUUUUGAUCGGUUCAACGACAGAGGAAUAUGACACAGGGACACAGAGCUGCGGAGUCGAAGUUUUGUCAGGUGUCGAAGAAAAAAAAGCGUUUGGACGUUAAAGGCGAAAGCCCCCUUUGACUAGAUCUCAAUCUACAUGUCUCAGAAGAACUCCUGAACCCUCUGAAGAUGUGGAUGUUUUAUGCCUUAAGAAAUACUUUGUCCCCAGCAGCAGCUUUCAGCAGUAGUCUGACUGAGGUGAUCAGUGUCUAAUGCUACCGUGCAGUUGUCCACAUUAGGUUGAUAUUGGCAUCAACUCCACCCUUCAACCUGAACAUGAUGGUUUAGUCCUGCUGUGAGGGCACAACAAUGACAUCCAUGGUUGCCGAUGGGAACCGAGGUGGCCAGUCACUGGUCCUGAAAGGAGUGGACCCUGAAACAUGCAUGAUCGUUUUCAAAAACCACUGGGCGCAGGUGGUGAAAAUUCUAGAGAAGCAUGACCCGCUGCGCAGUAAUGCUGGUGGCCUGGGUGGAGGUCACGGUCUUGGUGGGGGUGGAGGAAUCGGCAGCUUCCGUUUUGGCCCAGUCCCUGGCGAUGAGGCCAGUGCUGUGCAGAACUAUGUAGAACACAUGCUCUUCCUCCUCAUGGAGGAAGAGUGUGGUCAAAAUGGAGCCAUGGGGCCCAUCCUGGAGUUUGUGGUGAUGGAGAACGUGUUGGAGAGACUGUUUAUCUGGAGUCUGAGGCGAGAAUUCACAGAUGAUAUGAAAAUAGAGCAACUGAAAAUGUACGAGAUGCUGAUUGGACAAGCCAGGCAGCCAUUACUUCAUCAUAAACCUGUACUGAAGCCCUUGAUGAUGCUCCUGUCGUCCUGCUCUGGCUCUCCGUCAGGUCCGAGCUCCUCCACUGUGGAUACAGAACUUGUGCUGCUUUUGAACCAGCUGUGCUGUGUCCUGGCUAAAGACCCAUCAGUCCUAGAGCUGUUUUUCCAUACAAGUGAGGACCAAGGAGCUGCUAAUUUCCUCAUCUUCUCCCUACUCAUCCCUUUCAUACACAGGGAAGGGUCAGUCGGACAGCAGGCCAGGGAUGCACUUCUGCUAAUCAUGGCUCUCUCUGCUGAGAACCAUGUUGUGGCCAAACACAUCGCAGAGAACACCUAUUUCUGUCCGGUUUUGGCUACAGGUCUGAGUGGGCUUUACUCAUCUUUGCCUACCAAGUUAGAUGUACCAAGUGAGGAGUGGCACUGUCUGCAUCGUGAAGACUGGCAGCAGCUGCCCGCUCUUGUGCAGUUUCUUAACUCCCUGGAGUUCUGCAAUGCUGUCAUACAGGUGGCCCAUCCUUCCAUCAGAGACCAGCUGGUUGGCUACAUCCAUAAUGGUUUUCUGGUACCUGUUCUAGCACCAGCAUUACACAAGCUGACGCUUGAAGAGGUGAUGACCACAACAGCAUACCUGGACCUGUUCAUACGCAGUGUUUCUGAACCUGCAUUACUGCACACCUUCCUCAGCUUCAUUCUGCUCCAUCGCCAUGACAAUGUACAUAUUUUGGAUACACUAGUCAGCCGUAUCAAUACUCCCUUUCAGCUUGGCACUGUAUCUCUGGCUCUGUUCCGCACUCUCAUUGGCUUAUAUUGUGAGGAUGUCAUGCUCCAGUUGAUUUUUAAGUACCUGAUCCCCUGUAACCAUAUGAUGUUGAGUCAGCGUAGAGUCCUGAGAGAGAGAGACUGUUACUCUGUAUCAGCUGCCAAGUUUCUAGCCCUUACACCCUCCUGCUGCUCUCCAGAGAUCAUCCCCCCUCCACUUAGACAACUGGAUUCCAUCCUGUGGUCAAAAGUCACUGAUGGCUCCCAUUCAGGAACAAUAGAAUCAAAGGAGGUCCUAUCAGAGGAGGACGACUGUGGUAACUCCUGUGUCAUUGGCUCAGAGAUCUAUCUGGAUGUCAGUUACCUGCACUAUUUGUAUGAUGCACAAAACAGCAUCAGUCACUGUAUGCGAGCAUGCCGUGUGUGGUCCGCCCCAUACGACGGUGAGAACCCUCCUCCAGAAGAAUACCAGCGUAGUACCUUGGAAGAAGCAGGUAGGACUCGGCCACCAAUUAACAGCAGGAAAACCCCAAAUCAGAAGCAUCGCUCCGGUCCGCCCCUCAAAGAUCUCACUGCUACUCCUGGAUUGCUGGAGCUGGAGUGGGAUGAUAGUUAUGAUGCUUGUCCAACACAAUUGCAUCCAGAGGAAGAUCAGGAGACUCGUCCCAUCGUGGAAGAACCCCCAAAGCACAUUCAAGAACUAAGGAGAACUGCUAUUAUGAUUGUGAAGGGCUCUUACAUUGAAGAAUCUGAGUUCCAGAAUGAUGUUAUGGUCUAUGACCUGGUAGCUCAGAAGGAUGCCCAUGACUCUGGUAACAACAAUAAUGUCUCGUCCAAACCUUCUGAAGCAGCAGAGCAGGAGGUGUUAGAUGGACCAGUAACUGAUCAAAAGACUACAAAUUCAGAAUCUUCAAUGAGCAAUGGCUUGAGCUCCCCAAUAAAUGAAAUGGACAGUCAAAAGAAAGGGUCACAAUCAGACCAGAAGCCAGAGGGCCCAGAAGGGGAAGACCUCGUAGCCCAGUAUGAGGAACUGAUUAGAACUCUGGGAGCACAACCUAGUAGUCCAGCAAAAGCAGACAGUGAACUCAAGAGUCCUACAGACCUCAUGGAUGAUGAGGAAGAUGAGAUAGACUUUAACUCUUUCUCACCAGAGACACCAGAGACAGAAAAUUUGCUGUCUCCGUUUGGAACCAAACCACGCAGUGGGAGCAAGGGUCAUGCUGCGCCUUUUACAGGGCCGUUUGUGAGUGUACUGCUGUCUCGUCUAGAAAACAUGGCGAGUAACUCUCUCCAUGUGAACCUGCUUCUGACCGGCAUCCUGGCUCAGUUAGCUGCUUACCCUCAGCCCCUGCUGCGCUCCUUCCUUCUCAACACAAACAUGGUUUUCCAGCCCAGCGUCCGCUCACUAUACCAGGUACUGGCCUCAGUGAAGAACCAGAUAGAGCAGUGGUCAGCGAAUAAUAAAGACUUCCCUGAGCUCCUCACAGCUGCUCAGCACUGCUUAUUGGCCAGAGAGAGUUCACUAAGAGACUCUCAGAGUCCACAGACUGGAGAUUGGCUCCAUGGUUCUGAAGCAGACAGAAUUAAGAAGAACCAAAUCCAACCUAAAACUGUGGUUCCCCUAAACAAAACUGAGGUAUAUGCCACAGUUCUUUUCACAGAGUUCCUAAAAGAACUGGCAGCCAUUGCACAAGAACACUCCAUCCUUUCUCAUCUCCCCACAGAGCAGUAGCCUUUGAUUCUGAUUGUUUGUUGUUAUUGUUUCCAGGAAACUUUUGACAUUUUGAAUGAAUUUUAGUUGAAAGUUUUUUUUUUUUUUUUUUUUUUUUCCUUCCUUCAGCGUGUUUUUGUCUGUUGUGUGAACAGUCUUUGCACUUGAAUCAUUUAUUUAUGCAUUACCAAGCCUCAUUUCCCAGUACCCACAGUUACACACAUAUCAUCACUCAUAAGCGUCACCUGCCAUAAGGCAGUGAAUUGAUGUGCCUUCACUUCAUAAAAGUCACUUACAGACACAAAAUGCUGGACAAUGCCUAACUGAAACUUCAGGCCAAAACCAAAGAGUGACGGCUAUACAGCCAUUGAUCAUUAAGAGGUGACGGGGCAUUAGACAUUAAUAACAACACUUGACUACUGAAUGCUCUGCAGACUGUUCAGUGAUGCUGAUGUCUUUUGCUGGAUUGUUCUCUUGAUGGCCUUAUACUAAUAGUGCCUAUUUCUUUAGUCCUUAAUUUUCAACAUUGUACAGUUUUCUAUACAGUAAACAUACUUUGUAAACCUGGUCACUGGCCGUUUUAUACAACUGACCAAAUGACCUGUAGAAUUGCGUGAUUUUGAGAAACAAUUCUUAUACAGUUGUUCAGGUUCCUUGUAGAGCAUCACUGAUAUUAACUUAGUAACUUUCACAUUGUACUAAGUUGAUAAAGAACAUUUUUGAAACUAGCAACACGCCUACUUGUUAAUCAGGAUGUGUCUUUCUUUAGUUGGGUAAGAUAUUCACUACCAUUCAAAACUUUGGGGUCAGUAAGAUAUUUUUAUUUUUAUUUUAUAGAAAUGAAUAUAUAUAUAUACAGUCAAACCAAAAUUUAUUCAGACACCUUAAACAUUUCAUUCAUUAAUACAGUUUUUUUUCACUAUAGUUUAAAAAAAUGAUAAUAAAAUAUGACAAGAUCUCAGAGUUAAACUGUAUCAGAAAAAAUCUAUCUUAAUUAUGUCAGAUAACACUUAAGCAAAACAUGGUCAGGUCAAAGUGUCUGAAUAAUUUUUGGUUCCAAAUUUUACUGGUAGCCCACUGUAUGAAGAAUUUUUGGGUAUAAUAUGUCACAGUUUACUUGAUUUUGCUAUCCUCAGUUUCAUAAAUAAACUAAUAUUGUCCUGCACCCACUAGUAAAAAUAUAUCAAAAAUAUCAAAUGUCUGAAUAAUUUUUGGUUUGACUGUAUAUAUACUUUUAUUUAGCAAGGAUUCAUUAAAUUAAUCAAAAGUGACAGUAAAGACUUAAAUUGGUACAAAAAAAAUAUUUAAAAUAAAUGCUGUUUUUUUUUUUUUUUUUUUUACUUUAAAUUCAUCAAAUAAUCCUGAAAAAUACAUCACCGUUUCCAUGAAAAUAUUAAGAAGAGCAACUGUUUUCAACAUUGAUAAUAAUAGUAAUAAUAAUAAAUGUUACUUGAGUACAAAAUCAGCAUAUCAGAAUGAUUUCUGAAGGAUCACGUGACACUGAAGACUGAAGUAAUGAUGCUAAAAAUUCAGCUUUGUCAUCACAGAAAUUUUUCUGUAUUUAUGAUCAAAUAAAUGCAGCAUUGGAGAGCAUAAGAGACUUCUUUCAAAUGCAUUAAAAAAACCUUACCAACACCAAACUUUUGAACGAUAGUGUAUUAAAACUAUUUUAGAGUGGCAUAAAUGAUUUAAGACAUUGCCUAUUUAUUAUUAUUAUUAUUAUUAUUAUUAUUAUUUUUAUGUUGAAUCCCCAAUUACUUUGUUUGCAUGGCCUCUGAAAAUGGUCAUGAAUGGCACUGAUUUUGUUGAAACACAAUCAGAAAGACUAUGCAUGUACAUCACAUAUUUUAAAUGUAUAUAAGAAAGCAAUUGAUAUACAAUUCCAGUGUAUCUAAACACCCUAUAUGCAAAAGAGAAAGUGUCCUUUAGUAUAAAAGAAGUUGCCUUGAUUUGAAAGUAUUUUUACAGUUUGCAGAUGUCAUGUUAUAUACAUCAAAACACAAUGAACAACGCUCAAUAAAGUUCACCAGAUUCCUGAGCACACUGGUUUUUAGUACAAACUGAUAGUUGCUAAUGCACCAUAAGCAGUUGAUUAUGAACAUUGGUGGUUAUGCUUUAAAUAGUUUUACGAAAAAAGUAAAAUUUUAAAUUUACAAUAUUGACAUAUUAUUUGAAUAAAUGCCUUAAACAUAUUCAGUUUUUUUUUUUUUUUUUUUUUUUGAAGGUAGAUGUUUUGCUUUCUCUCUCGUACAAAUUGUUAAUCAAAACCUGAUUACCAAACAUCCUGAGGCCACAAUGUAGCUUGUCAGUCCAAAGAUAUUUAUAUGCAGUUUUAUGUAACGUAGGUGACCUUUUUAUAGGGGGUGAACAAGUGAUAGGUUAGAAAUUCUAGAUUAAAUUGCCUUUACUGGUGGUAAGCAUUACUUAAAUUGUACAGUUCUAUAUGUCUUGAUUGUAAAAAGAAAUGCUGAAUCUGUAGAAAUGUCACCAGCUCAUAUUUUCACCUUCUCCUGUUUUACUUUCAGACAGGAAACUUAAACAUUUUCUGUGUGUGUCAAAUGGCAAUAGUUUGUAUGUCGGAAAUGUAUAAGGCAUGACGUCUUGAAUAAAGACAUCUCUCAUCCACUAACAGAACUUUGAACUGAUGUAU